UCUCUGAAAUGAGGAUCAUGUCUUAAAUGCGGAAAUGCAGACUGAAAGAACUGAUUGGUUAUGUACUGAGAGCAAGUACCAUCUUACAGUAUGUUAACUAGUACUCUCCUCUAUAAUUGUUUUAGUCGUCUAAUAUGCAUUUGAAAGGAUGGGAAAACCCAAUUAUUAUAUUGUUUUUAGGCUCAGAUAGCACUGAAGUAAACGGCUGCCUGUGGGACAUCUGAUUGGCCAAUCAAACCCAGUCCUCGUGAAGAGCAGAGAACGUAUAGAGGUUCAACCCAUUCCGCACAGCAUUUGAAGCACGAUGACACCUCCAAACUUUGCUUUCUACUUCACAUGUCUGUUCACAGCAAAUAUAGCUCCCUUGACAGCUUUGAAUCAAUCAUCAUUACAUUUUGAAUCAGCUAAUGUUGGGGAAAGUGUGACUUUGCCAUGCUCCUGUCAAGAUUAUUCAGCAGUGAUGUUUUACUGGUAUCAGCAAACUCUGGGACAGAAGCCAAAACUGAUAUCUACAUUCUAUAAGCAUAAUGAAAAUGGCACCUUUGUUGAUGAAUUCAAAAACAAUCCACAUUUCUCCCUGGAUACUAGAAAACGUAAAAAUCACCUGACAAUAUCAAAUUUGCGCAUUUCAGACUCAGCUACUUACUACUGUGCAAGUAGCAAUUUAUAUUACUUUGAAUUUUGUGAGGGCACUAUUGUCAGUGUAAAGGGUUCAGGUUUGAACCAAGCUUUGGUCCAUCAGUCAGUUUCUGAGACCAUCUUGCCAGGAGGCUUUGUGACUCUCAACUGUACCGUACACACUGGGACCUGUGAUGGAGAACACAGUGUUUACUGGUUCAAAUACUCUGAAGAUUCUCAUCCAGGACUCAUUUACACCCAUGGAGACAGGAAUGAUCAGUGUGAGAGGAAACCCAACACACAAACACACACCUGUGUCUACAACUUUCCGAUGGAGAACCUGAAUCGUUCUCACGCUGGGACCUACUACUGUGCUGUUGCCUCAUGUGGACACAUACUGUUUGGGAACGGGACCAAGGUGGACUUUGCGAAUGAGGAAGACUCUCAUGCCUCUGUGUAUUUCCUGAGUGGGGCUAUCGCAUUCAGCACCACCAUCAUGAGUAUUUUACUGGCUUUCUCAGUGUAUAUUAUCAACAGGAGAAAAACCUGCCUUUUUACAGAGUCUUCUGCAAGAUUUUCACAUCCCUCAAGAAACAAUGCGGAGGGUUACAAAAAUGAAUAUAAUCUCUAUUACAAUGCUUUAGGGGAGAGCAAGAUCAACAGACUAAGAAGACACAAGGAUGACACCUGGAGUGAAUGUGUGUACUUUAGUGUAAAGCAGUAGAGCUGAACUGAGCAUAUUUUUAUCUUUGUGUGAGAGAAUGUGACCUCAUGCUGACUCCUUUAAAGUGUAAUAUGGCUUUUGUAAAAUUCUGGAAACAUGAUUUCACCUAAAUAUGAUGAAUACAAAGCCUUGCUUUCAAAUAAACUCAUCAAACAAGCUUUAACAAAGACAACACAUGAAGGAAAUUGAACUGUAUCUGUGCCAAAGCAUUGUAGUAGACUUACCAGAGACGUUCUAGUACCUGACAUUAAAAUGAGUACUGAGACUACAGUAUUAAAAUUCAGUUCAAACAAAGAUCUACAGUCUGUGAAAGAAAUGUGCUUCAAAGCCAAUUUACAGCAUAAAGUCAUCAGAAACAGGCCACUCCUUGAUUAAUAGUUGUAUAUGCUGAUUGUGUGCAUCUGUUUAUUGCUUCCAAGUGGUCAGCAGUGUAAGGAUAAAUGUAUGGUUUUGUGAGGUUCAGUGAUGUUUAUUUUAAGGAUAAUCAGUAGCUUUUGUCUUUGUGUAUGCAGAUCUAUA